GGCACACAAGCAAAAAUACGCGAAAGACAUCAAUAAAAGCUUAAAUUCGUGCAAUUUUUCCGCAAUUCGGGCAAUUAACUAGCAAAAGUAGUCAAAACACGUCGUGAAAAAUGGUGGAAAGUGAGAUAAAAAUCUACAUAAGCUCUCUCAGUGGCAACAAAGAGGUCAAGAAACGCCAACAACGCGUUACGAUGAUCCUCGACAGCAAACACAUUGAGUACACAGUCAUUGACAUCACGGAGCCCACAAUGGAAAAGGAGAAGGAUUUCAUGCAAGCCAAUUCCACAGAAAUGGGUGUCACUGUGAGCGACACAAACCCCCGUCAUCCACUGCCUCCACAGAUUUUCAACGGCGAACAAUACUGCGGCGACUACAAUUCGUUCGAGCUGGCAAACGAAAAUGACGAGUUAGAGGCUUUUUUGAAGCUUGAACCGGCGAAGAAUGGCGUCGCGUCAUCCCAGCCCGUUGCCGUCAACGGAAAGGCGGAAGAACCGGAAACGCCUGCCGUUGUCGCUGAAGAAGAAAAGCCCGCAGAGCCGACAAAUGGCGUGACAACCGAAGAAACCAUCACAACCACAGAAACAACGACUGAGGAAACGAACGAAGCAAAAGUCGUCGAAGAUUCCGCGGAGACAACUGCCGAAGACAAUGGCGCCGCAACUGCUGCCGAUGAUGCGGCAACUGCUGACGCCGAGUAAUUUUUCUGUUAACUAAGAAACUUUCUUUUUUUUUGUAUUAGACCGUAAGAUGUGCGUCGUCGUCGCUUUUAAUUAAUUAUCAUCGGAAACUACCCAAGAAAUGCGCUUUGGAAGUCAAAAUUGAACACACAAAAAAAUUGCUUAAAACUACCCCUAGUUGAAGAAAAAAAGAAGAAAAUUGAAGAUUUUUGAAGGAGAAAAAAAAACCAAAAUGCCUCUUAUCCUUUUAAUUACAAAGACAAACAUCCUAAAUACUAAUUUUGGAUUAAAAUUCAACUUUAAGUAUAAUUAAUCUUAAAUUUUUCCUUCCCUCAUAAUUACUUCCUAUAUACGAAUAAUGAUAAAUAUUAUAUAUAUUACUAUAAAAAAAAUAUUACAAAUUAUAUUUUAUUGAAAAACCAGCGAGUAAAAAAAGAAAAGGAACAGCAUUGCAUAUGAUUACAAUUAUAUUUUAAAGAGAAUCCGAUUUUAUUUUGUUCUUUUUUUAAAUUUUAAGGAAAAAUAAACUACAAGUUCAAACUUUUUGU